GGUUCCUUCACUCUCCAAAUCUCCAAUCACUCUCCCAGUCACAGUACAGCGCCGCCUCUUCUGUGCAGGCACCUCACCGGCGGCCACCUCUCCUCCGCUCCUACCACUUUACCAGCCAACAUGCCGUCGGAAGCCGCCGCUCCCUGCACAGUACUGUAGCCUGCCUGAGCCCCUCCAUUCGCAACCAAAUACCCGAGAGCCGAGGACGAGGGAAAUCCUCAAAAUGCUGGGGAAAUGCCGGAGGCCGGCGCCGCGGGACGGCGACGGCGACGGCGACGCGACGGCCAUCCUCGACGACGCGGACCUGGAGGAGAUUCUCCUGCGCCUCCCCUCGGCGGCCGACCUAGCGCGCUCCGCCGCCCUCGUCUGCCGUCGCUGGCGCCGCGUCUCCUCCGCCCCCGCCUUCCUCCGCCGGUUCCGCCGCCUCCACCCGCCCCAGAUCCUCGGAUUUUUCAUCUGCAAAGGCGGCCGCCCCCACCGGUACGACGUGCUCAACCGGUCUCCCCUCCCAGUGCUCGACCCUACCUUCCUGCCGGUGGUCGCGCCUAAUCCCGGCGUCGGCGGCGCCGUCGGCCGAUGCCGGGAUUUCUCCCUCAGCUCGCUCCCCACAGUCGACCAUUGGUCCCUCGCCGACUCUCGCGAUGGCCUCCUGCUCUUCUGCUCGUCCUGCGACCGCUCUACCAAUGAUCGCGACCUUCCGGACCUCAGGGACAUCCCCAAGCACUUCGCCGUCUGCGACCCCUUGUCAGGCCACUCUAUCCUCUUGCCCAAGCCUGGUGCCGGCCUGUACCUUGGGUCUUAUUACCUAGGCGCUGCUUUGGUAAUCAGUGACAAAGACGAGGGGGGCACUGGCAUCUUCUCCUUCGAGGUGCUCAUUGCAACAUACGUUCUUAGGGAGGGGCCGUGCCUCUGUGCUUUCUCCUCAAGCUCACGACAAUGGGUAGUGCUCCCAUGCCCUGACACUUACGAACUUUACAAUUAUGAGACGCCCUGGAUCGAUGAUGGUGCCCGUGACAGUGGGCAUGUCUAUUGGGUCGUACACGACUGGGGAAUGGACUACGAGCAUAUCCUGGUGCUGGACUUGCAAACCAAGAAGUUCUCCACCAUCAAUCUGCCAUGCAGCGGCAUGUGUGAUAAGUACAACAGGAACAUCAAGGUCAUGAGGAGCGAGGGUGACAGGGACCUCCGUGUCGUGGCAAUGGCGUGGUCCCGCUGUGCACUCCAUUUCUGGCGUCAUGACAGGAGCAGGAGUGCCAAAGGCCGAUGGUUGAAAGAGGAUGUCGUGAAGUUUUCGGGUGUGGAUGGGUUGCUUGAUCUCAGAAUGGCAGGUGGAUCUGGUAACAGUUAUUUGAUUAGGAUUGUAGAUGCUGGAGAGGGAUUUGUUUUCAUCAAGCACUAUGAGGCUCCCUGGGUGUUUGUCCUCAAUCUCAAGGAAAUGACAAUGCAAAAGCUGCCAAAUAGGGAACGGUUCUGUGGGCAUGCACUUCCCUACAGGAUGGCUUUGUCUCCCCACUUACCAAAUUUCAGAGAAGGGAACCACUGAGCAAACAAGAAAGGAACCACUGAUCUAGUGAGAUGGACAUUGUCGUUAGCCAUCAGGGGCAGGAUGUAGAAGGCACUGUUUGAAGGGAACUACGGGAAACGGACUUGGUUGCUUGUUUUCCUCCGCUAGUUUAUUCAGUUUGCGAGUUAGCUAUGCCGGUAGACUGGUGAACUAUGUGGUAUUAUGCGUGUGAUGUAUGGUGCGUGUUUUAUUUUAGCAUGCUGCUUGUGAAUGUUCGUGUGCUUCCUUCUGUUAUUUUCAAUGGUGAACUAUGUGGUACUCCCUCCGCUAUCGUGUUAGCUUUUUUAGAUA